GCACAGCUUGGUUUUAUCGGCGAAGAAGCAACCGAGCCGAAGCCAGAAGACUCGAUAGCAGGAGGAAAUCCAUGCUGGAUUGAAGGGAUCGACGUAGACUUCCCGAUCACUUGUGAUGCUUGCAACAACAAUCUUUACUUGUUGCUCCAACUCAACACAGACACCAACGUGCUGAGAAGAAACCUUUACGUGAGGAUCUGUUUGCAUGUGUAAGAAGUAAAUGUCAAAGUCAACCAGGAUCCUGGAAGGCGUUAAGAGUUCAGAAACGCUGGAACAAGCUUGACGACGACAUCUCAUCUGAGCAUCAACAAGUGAAAGUGCAGCCAAACUCCAAACCUCAGCCACGACCGCUCUUUACCAAGGAUGAUGCAGCCUGGGGGUGCGAGGACGCGAGUGACUGGAACGAAGGAGGUGCUGUAGCAUUACCACAACCAGCAGCAGCAUGUAGCGACGGAGGAAAGAGUUCGGCUCCUGAAGGAGAUGCUGGUGAGGACAACUGGGGCAUGGAAGAGGCGGGGGAUCGAAGUAUCCCUCAAGAUCUCCUCUCUCUCCAGCAGAAGGUGCAGGACAUGAAGAUGAAUGCGGGCAGAGACGCCGAAGGGCAGCAUGCUGACGCUGAGAGCGACAAGGCUGGGAGGAGGAGGAAGAAGAAGGGAAAGAAUCAGUCCGGAGCAAAGGCUGGAUUGGAUGUGGGAGCGGCGGAGUUUGUUCCGGUUAUGGCUGGAGUAUUCAAUGCAGAGUCUGAUAGUCACUCAUCGAACCAAGGCGAACAAGUGAAAGCUUUCUUUCCCUGCUAUUACAUCGAGUACGAUGCCGAGCCGGAGCCGGAGGAGGACAAAGACUUGGCGAAGUACAAGGAGCUGGCGGAGCAGGUGGUUGCCGAGCUCAAUGAAACUUCGGGAGGGGGCAGCGCUGCCCUGUGGAGUGGAGAAGAGCACGAGUCAACUAAAGGAGACAAACAGUUCCGCAAGUUCCGCAAGCGUGUAGCAAGAGCGCCUGAGCAAGUCCUCCGGUACUGCUGGAAUGGCGAGCCGCUAUGGCAGAGCUCGGAAGCGCAGUGUACCGAAGUCCCGCCAUGCCCCCGGUGCGGGUCGAGCCGAGUGUACGAGAUGCAGGCGAUGCCGGGCCUGUUCUACGAGCUCGGGGUCGAAGCCUUCGCUCCCAAGGGAGAUGAAGGGAUGGACUGUGGGGUAGCGAUCAUAUACUCCUGCUCGUCAAGUUGCGGCUCCUCGGGACAGGCGGAUGGCGAUGGGAGCGGCGAAGAUUUCGUUUUCAUCCAGCGCGAUACGCUUGUCGGCUAAUGCUCCGCCGGAUCCUUGCAUUCCAUGAACGAACUUGAUCUGUC